GCCCUAUCUUUUUUAAAAUUGCAUGAUAAACAAAGUCUUGAAGCAACAACAACUAACCAUGAGUAGAGGUGAAAGUUAUGGUGGUGGGCAAAGCUCUUUGGGUUACUUGUUUGGCUCCAAAGAAGGCCAACCACCAAAUAAUCCUCCUCCUUCACCAUCUAAGCUUGUUAGCCCGCCAUAUGGUACCGAUAUCGAAGGCGAAAAACCUCCACAAAAAUCAGACACCUCCAACAACAAUUAUCAUAGAGCACAAGGACAAAACUCAGGAAACUUUAUUACUGAUCGGCCCUCAACAAAGGUGAAAUCUGUGCCAGGAGGAAGUUCUUCACUUGGGUACUUAUUUGGAGAUAAGUGAUGUUAUUAUUGUACUCCAUGAAAUUAAUUAUCUUAUUCUAGAUGAGACUAUAAUUAAGCUUGUUAAUGAACUAAAGUUGAUUUGGUGUUUAAUUUGAUCUGUCUACAAUAAGGGGAUCUAGCUGGUGUGUUGAUUGUGUGCAAAGAUUUGAUGUAAUUUUUAUGUAACUUUUCCAAUUUGUAAUUUGUUCUUGAAGCUUCUCAAUUGUGGAUUGUGCUACUUGCAAUUGUAAGCCUAAUGAUUCUAGGGUUUUACUGUAUGCAAUUGUAACUUUUUCAAUAUGGGUGAAAUAAUAUAUAUUUUAUAUUGC